AUGGUUGUGCGGAAGCGGAACGAGUUUCUCGAAGGCGACGAGAGCGAGGACGAUCUUGGCGGAGGGUAUGGCUCUGAUGAGUCUGAGGCCGGGAGAGGAGGUAUUGGUGGUCGUGUGAGUAAGCGGCAGAAGAGGGAGAUAGACUCGGACGGCGAGUCUUUGGGGAGUCUCGCGGAUGGGGAGUCUGUCAGUGCUGCACAUGUCGCGGCUCAGGAUCGAAGUGCAUCCAAGCCAGGUGCCGAGCGCUUUCUGCUUGGCAGCGACUUCGAGGACGAGGACGAGCAUGAUGCGCCUGCUGUGGAUGCUUCUGCUGAAGAUGCACCUGCCAAGAAGCGCAUGCCCAAAUCGGUCGCGGCUGCUGAGAAAGCUGCACGAAGGUCAGGUGUGAUAUACAUAUCACGAGUACCGCCCUUCAUGAAGCCGCAAACGCUACGGCACUUCCUGAUACCACAUGCCUCGAAAGGUCUAGGACGAAUAUUCCUAACACCCGAAGAUCAUACCGCGCAUCUGCAGCGAGUGAAGCGGGGUGGCAACAAGAAGAAGUCGUUCACCGAUGGAUGGGUGGAGUUCACAUCCAAGGCCGAGGCCAAGAUCGCUGCAGAAAUGCUGAACGGUAACAUCAUCGGUGGCAAGAAAGGCAACUUUUAUCAUGACGAUCUGUGGAACAUCAAGUACCUGAAGGGCUUCAAGUGGAGUCACCUAACAGACCAGAUUGCGGGCGAGAACGCAGAGCGGGAAGCACGAAUGAGAGAGGAAGUGAGGAGAACGAAGGAGGAGAACAAAGCGUUCGUGGACGAUAUUGAGCGUGGCAAGAUGUUGGAGGGUAUGGAGAGCAAGCGGAGAGCGAAGCGUGAGAAGGGUCUUGCUGCGACUGCUGCGCCUGCGGUCAAGCCUUUGCGGCCGGGCAGGGAUUUCGAGCAGCGCAAGGCGAGAGGGAAGGAUUCGAGAGGAGAGGGUGACCAGAGCGCGGAUCAGAGAAGGGUGCUGAGUAUGAUCAUGUAG